AAACUGGCCAUCGAAACUCUGGAAGAGUUGGACUGGUGUCUGGACCAGCUGGAGACUCUGCAGACCAGACACUCAGUUAGUGAGAUGGCCUCAAACAAGUUUAAGAGGAUGUUAAAUAGAGAACUGACGCACUUGUCUGAAACAAGCCGGUCGGGAAAUCAGGUGUCUGAAUAUAUAUCUAGUACCUUCUUAGAUAAACAGCAUGAAGUGGAAAUUCCCUCUCCAACUACAAAGGAGAAGGAAAAGAAGAGGAGACCCAUGUCCCAAAUUAGUGGUGUGAAGAAGCUGACCCAUAGCUCUAGCUUUACUAUCUGCAGUAUUCCACGGUUUGGAGUAAAGACUGACCAGGAAGAACUCCUUGCAAAGGAAAUAGAAGAUGCUAAUAAAUGGGGUCUUGAUAUAUUUAAGGUAGCU